AUGAAAUCUUCAAAAACCCUACUCCAAAUCGCCAGAGAGAGCGUUCGUUUGCACGAGGUUGAGUUCGGUCGAGUUUUAAAUUCGUUGUAUCCGUAUAAUAAGCUAGCAGAUGUGGUUCUACCGAUAUCAGGUGCUCUUGAUGAGGGGUUUUGGUUUAGAAUUCAAGAUGAAUUUCAUAUCCAAACAACAAAUCUUCAAAUAUCUCAGAAGACUUACAAAGUGGAGCUUGAAUUAUAUGUUUCGUUUCAUGGAGACAAUGAAUUCUGGUACAAGAAUCCUUCAAAUUCGUAUGUAGAAACCAACCAUUUGGCCACCGGAGGAGCUCACGGGGCAUACCGUGAAGUAUUGGUGACGCUUAAUGGUCAAUUAGUCGGAUCAGUGAUUCCUUUCCCUGUGAUAUUCACUGACGGAAUCAAUCCUCUAUUUUGGGAGCCUGUUGUCUCCAUUGGAGCUUUAGAUCUUCCUACUUAUGAUAUCAAUUUGACUCCGCUUCUAGAUGUAAACACUGAAACUGUGAAGUAUGAAGUCUCAUCAAUAGAGAUCCAAUGUAAAUCUGAGUUUGUACUCCUUGGUGGAGAAUUUGAAGUAGAAGGAGAAAGGAGUAGUCAAGCUACCGCAAGGGUAAAUUCAAGCUUCGGCGAUCUAAAAACCCAAUUUACCGAAAAAACCAAAUUCAAGAGCAAGCUCAAGUUCAAAUCAGAGGGAAAUAAGAAAGAACUCGACCCACAGAUCAAUUCUUACACGGUAUUCAAUGUUACACUUUAG